GUCCAAUAAAAAAUCUAUUACCACCAACCCUGCUUGAAAUAUAAGCUUUACAUGCUUAACCCUCUUUUGUUAAAAUGCUAAUAUGCAGAUUAGGUGAUCGUUUCCUAUGUUUAUGCGCCUCAAUGGUCCAAACUUAGUACCCCCCUUCAAUAUCUCACCACUAAUUUCCCCACCCCAUAAAAAUGUAAUCUUAAUUUUACCCUUCAAGAAACUUGCUGAAUACCAACAAUUUGACCAAAUGAUCAUCCAUUUUUCAAUCAAUCCUAUAACCUUCUAAUGCAAGUUUCAUAAACUCAAGCAAUGAGGAAUCACAUGACAAGAACCAUUAGGCUAAAUGGUAGCCAGAGGCCCGACCAAAAAAAAGACUCUUGUGGACAAUAUGGAUUCUUAGUUGGAGAAUAAAGAGGAAGAAGAGGAUGUUGACAAGAGCUUCAAGAAAUGCAUAUUCAUGGUGGUGGGCUAGCCACAUCAGGACCAAGCAAUCAAAAUGGCUGGACCAGAAUCUCCAAGAUAUGGAGGAAAAGGUAGAAUACAUAAUGAAAAUCAUCACAGAAGAUGGAGACUCGUUUAGGGUUAGGGCUGAACAAUACUAUCAAAAAAGGCCCGAGAUCGUAAACUUCGUAGAAGAUACUUUUCGGGAAUAUCGAGCAUUAGCAGAAAGAUACGAUCAUUUAUCGAAAGAUCUACAAAGCGCGAAUCGAACCAUCGCCGUUAUCUUCCCCGAAAGGGUACAAAUGUCAAUUGACGAAGAAGACGAUGAAGAUUUCACGUUUAGUGUAGAGGAACAUGAAAAGCACCCUACAGGUGCGCCAUUGCCGUUGCCAACGUCGAUGCUAGAAGCACCGAAACUAAACCAUCUUCCAAAAAUGGAAAACGCAGUUCAAGCAGUGCUCAAGAAGAAGAAAGCGCCAAGAAAAAUGAUGUCAAAAAAAGGACUUAUCAAAAUCGGGGUCGAUGAAAAAGCUCCCGUAAAAAGCUCCGGAUUGAGUAAAGACGAGGCACUUGAGGAGAUCGAUAAGCUUCAAAAGGAAAUCUUAGGGUUUCAGACUGAAAAAGAAUUUGUAAAAUGUUCAUACGAAAAUGCGAUAUCCAAGUUUUGGGAAAUCGAGACCAACAUCACUGAGAUGCAUGCUAAAAUUAGCAAUUUGCAGGAUGAGUUGGAGGUCAGGACUGUGAUCGAGGAUAACGAUGCUCAAACCUUGAUGGCAUCUUCGGCAUUGAAAAUGUGUGGAGAAACACUCGCCAACUUGAAACAUAAACAAAACCGCGUUGAAAAAGAGGCGACGGUUGAACACAAAAGGGUUGGCGACAUUAGAAAGAAGUUUGAGGCUCUGAUGUCGAGCAAUAACAGUAAUUCAGAUUUUAAGAACAUGGAGCAAACGAGCCAACAAGUUAAAGACAAAACAACAAAAAUCGAAGAGAAACAACAGAAUGUAGAGAAUAGAGAUGGAAAUGGUCAAGAAGGAUUGAUCGAAAGUCAACCCAAAUGUAAUUUUGACCAAAAAGAAACUGAAACGGUUGAAGAUAGAAAAUUGAGGAUCAAAGAAGAUAUUCUUGGAAAAAGCGAACCUGUUACUAUCUCUAAAGUUGCUGAGAAGAUUGAGAAACUUGUUGAUAAGGUCAUCAUAUUAGAAAUUGAUUUGGCGUCCCAGACUGCACUUGUAAUGAGGCUUAGAUUCGAAAACGAUGAUCUUCAUGAACAACUUCAAUGUUUGGAACAUGACAACAAGAACCUCGUUGAUGAUUCAAAUGAAAUGAAGAUGAAGAUCAAAAGGCUUGAGGAACAAUUAGAAGGAAUUCAGAGCCUUGACCAGAAAGUCAAAGGGCAAAAUGUGCAUUUGGAAACCAGGUUCGAUGAUGCGAGUGUUAAUCUUGAUAAUGCAUCUAAUGAGCUUUUAAUCGCUGAACCAGAUGAAAACCCUUCAGACGAUGAGGAGAAGAAAGAAUAUGAUAAAAUAUCAGAAGUAGAAGAAGAGAAUGAUUUAGAAAAGAAACCUAAUGAAGAUAAUGAUGACUUUGAGGGCUUUGUAAUGAAACCUAAUGAAGAUAGUCAUGAGUUAGAGGAUUCUGUAAAGAAAAAAGAUAUGGAAAUGGAAAGAGGAAAAGAGCUUGAGCAAGAGCAAGAGAAAGAGAAAGAGCAAGAGCAAGAACAAGGACAAGGACAAGAACAAGAACAAGAACAAUCAUUGACAAAAAUGGUGAUCAAUGAAGAACAUGAUAUUGUUGUUGAUGUUAAUGGUGAUCAAAUGGGUAAAGAAGAUCAAUCGAAUUUGAAGCGUAAAUUUUCAUAUGAAAUAGAAGAAAGAGAGAAAAUGUUACUUGAGGAAUACAAAUCGACAUUGAGAAACUACAAGGAAUUGAAAAAAAAGCUCACUGAAACCGAAACAAAGAAUCGUGCAAGAUUGUUCAAAACCGCUGUCGAGAUGAAGAUGUUGAAAAAUUCAAAUGACUCGAAAGAUAACGAGAUUCGGUCGUUACAUGAAAAAUUAAAACUUUUUGAAACAAAUUUAGAUAAAAAUAUAGACUUUGAAGUAACAAAAGCACAAGAUUCAGUUAUAAAAGAAGUUGAAACUACGGAAAUUGAUUCCACUGAUGAAGGGGCACAUGAAAGAGAAGAAUUUGAUGAAAAAAAGGAAGGUGAUCAAGACUCAAAUGGUGAUGAAAACCUAGAGACUGAAGUAAAGAAAGAUCCAGAUUUGAAUGAUGGUGUUGAUGACCCUAAUGAAAUUAGAGAAGUAGAAGAUGAGAUACGUAGAGAAAUCGAUGAAUUUAGAAAAGAGAGCUUAGAGUUAUGGUUAAGAUUUAGUACAACAUAUCACCAAAUAAAUAGGUUUCAAGAUACAACAAAUGACCUACUAAAAGAAAUACAGGAAGCAAGAGAUGCAAAAGAAGGGAAAGAAAAGAAACAGGAAUAUGGGCUUGGGCAUGCGAUUAGUAAACGUCACUAUCAUCAAAACUCGUCCUCUUUUGCCUCGGAUAUUCGACCAAUAUAUCGACAUUUACAAGACAUGUUGGCAGAAGUGACUCUAUGGUUGGAAUCAAGUGAAAUUUUAGAAGACGAUUUACAACAUAGAUUAAUAUCACUUUGCGAAAUUCAAAAUGAAUUAGCAAAUUUGACAAAUGACGAUUCAAAAUCUGAAAAGAAAGCUAGACCACUUAAUGAUUGUCAAGCUGCAAAAUUUCAAGGGGAACUUCUUAACAUGAAGCAAGAGAAUAAUAAAGUACUGGAUGAGUUACGAGCUGCAUGCGAAAGGGUCAAAAUGAUACAUAUUGAAAUCGAAGAGACAUUAAUAAAGUUGGAUGCGGAUCUUGGUAAGAAAAAAGGGUCAAACUCUAAGUCAAAGGUACCUUUCAGGUCAUUCCUUUUUGGGGUUAAGUUAAGAAAGAAGCAUAGGCCUUCUUCACUAUUAAGAGGUAUGAGUCACUCAUUGCAAAGACAGUAUAGUAAAGUCCAAGAAUCACCACAAAAAGAGAAAGAAGCUAGCUAAGUAUGGAACUACUCUAUAGUCUAUAGUGAUUAAGCAAUAUAUAGAUAUUGACAUCAACUUAAAACUAUGUCCUAAAGCAUAUAGUUUAUAUGUAUAUAGAUGGAAAGAACCCUAUAGUUUCUCAUUGUUCUUCAUAUAUAUGUAAUGUAGUUAAUCUCAUAAAAUGACUACCAAUAGUAUGUAGUUUUGUCACUGAUCUUUUAAUUGUAUUCAAUAGACCACUGAUGUUUUUUAGGGUCUUAUUUCACCAUUGAAGUAAAUUUUAAAAGGA